CACCUUUCAAGAUGACUGAUAUAGCGGAAGGAAGUACUUCCGUCGUUCCUCAAAUCGAUGAAUUGAUCUUAGAUGCAGGUCCUUUGGUGACGCAACAAAGAUUAGUUGGAUUAGCAAAGAAGUUUUACGUUCCUUCUGCAGUUGUAGCAGAAUUACGUGAUAAACAAGCAAGAGAUCAUUUCCAACGAUUACAAGAUCAAAGUAAUGCAGGUCAAGGAGGCUUUACAGUCGAGAUACGCGAGCCAAGUGCAGAAGCAAAGAUGGCGGUGAUGGGAUUUGCAAAACAAACUGGUGAUUAUGCGGUUUUGUCUCAACCGGAUUUAAGCGUUUUAGCAUUAACGUAUGCUUUAGAGGUACAAAAGCAUGGACAAUGGAGGAUCAGGGAUACCCUUGGUGGUUUGACUGGUCAACAAAAGCAAACACAGCAGCAGAAAGAGCAGAAUGCUGGAUCUAAAGGAAAGAAUGAAGGCAAUCAAAAGCAAAAGAUGGAGCAAAAGAUGGAGAAGCGGAUAGUGGACCCACCAGAAGAGAAACAUAGUGAGAGCAUAGCAAAAAGGCUGGAAGAAGAGGGUGGCAAUAGAGAAAAUACUGCAAGCAAGCCCCUCGGAGCUUCGACGGAUGCUGAAAUUCAAGCCAUGGAAUCAACAUUGGCAUCAACGUCGAUAGCGGAUGAAGCCCAUUCAUCCGCACUCGAAGAGGCAGCAGAACCACACAAUUCAGAAGAAGAAGCUCUAAACGAUGACGAAGAUGAUGAAGAGACAGGAGGUGAAUGGAUCACACCGGAUAACAUCGACAAGCACAAGAGCAGAGCAUUAGGAUUAGUGUCAGAUUCUGAUUUGUCGCUGUUACAAGGCGCAAACAAGACUCGAUCUAAUGGCAGAAUGCGUACAACAGUCACAGAAGCAGAUGAUGGAUGGUCAACGGUAACAUCCAAGAAUACCGUUCAGAAGCCUGCACAUGCCAGUGCAAAGGUUGCUGGCGGCAAAAAGUCUGCCAACAAACCUCCUGCACGGAUGACGGUUGCCUGUAUGACAGGAGAUUAUGCAGUGCAAAAUGUGUUGUUACAAAUGGGACUAAGUCUGGUAGGAUUGGAAGGAACCAGGAUCAGACAAGUGAAAUCUUGGGUCUUACGUUGUCAUGCAUGCUUUAAGAUCUGCAAAGAUUCAGAGAGAAAGUUUUGUCCGCAAUGUGGAAAUCCUACACUGUUACGUACGAGUGUAACUUCAACCGAUCCACAAUUGGGAAAAGAAGCAGGAAUGCAAAUCCAUCUCAAAAAGAACUUCCAAUACAAGAAUCGUGGAACAAAGUUUUCUCUACCUUUACCCAAACCUGGAAAAGCUGGAGGUGUUCAAGCAAGCGUACCAAUCUUGCGUGAAGAUCAAGCUGAAUGGCAAAAAGCCUUACAACGUGAGAAAGUACAAAAGAACAAAGAAGAGCGUGCAUUACAAAAAGCAUUGGAACGUGGAAGUGAUUCGUUGAGUGCACGAUACGAAGAUGCGGACACGUUGAGUAUCUUGUUAGCAGGCAAGACGAGCGGACAGGGCUACCAAGGUUUACCACAGAUUGGUGUUGGAAGAAGGAACCCUAACGAGAAACACAGAAGGAAGGUCUGAUUGCAAAUGUACAUUAUGAAUUGUUUGAUAUGUAUGUGACUACUUUUACAAAUGAUAUCUCAAGCUGUAAUGACUUGAUUGAUGAGCCAAACCAACCCUUUGUGACCACGUUCUGCAUGUUCUUUUUGCACUUCUUGCCCAGGCUCAUGGAGGGAAGAGUUAAAGACUUCAAUAGACCAAGGACCCUUAUAACCGGUAGAAUGAACUGCUUUAACGAAAUCCAAAGUAGGCAUAAAAGCACCACGGUCAAACUCUCCUGGAUAUAAUCGGUUACCUCUACUCCAAAUCAUACGUGCAGGACGUGGUUCGUUUGGAUUAGGAGAAGGUUCAAGUGGAACUUGCAUCUUUCGUGCAUCACCGACUUGAAGGAAGAAAACCUUUUCGGCUGGAAC